AUGACAGAACUUCUAAGCAACAGACGAGAAAUUUGCCUAAGGAGAGGACAACCUAGUGUUCAAGAGUUGAGAGAACAACCAAGUAUCCAAGAGACAAUAAAACAACCUAAUAACGAACAAACACCUAAUAAUAAAAAGGCCGAGUUAAAAAGUAGAGUUAAUUCAUCGUAA